CCCUCCCUCCCUCCCGCUUCUCCCGUGCCCUGCUUGCCUGCCCUCAGGAGUGCCUGCCCUUGCCGAUUUUUCAAGUGUUCAACCACCAUCCUGCUUGGGGGACCCCAUGGUGGAGUUCUCGUCAUAGCUACCUUUGACCCUCGUACCACCCAAGUAACUUAGCCAGGCUCUAAAUUCGUCCCUGAUGUAGUACGAGAAACCGUUGCCUCCACAUCCAGUGGCGUUUCUUUAGUCAUAAUAAAAAACAUAAUAAUAAUCAGUGUUUAAGAAAACGUUUGCGAGUCAAAGUUGUGUCUGUACUAUGCUUCGCAAAAAGUCAAUCCACCUGCGCAUCUUCAGCCAAUACUACCUCUCAGUCCAUAAAGUUUCUGUUUUUUGGUCGCAUAUGGGAAAACGUUGCCAUGAGAAAUAUAGCAGUGUGUUACCACUAAGGAUGCAAGUGGGUACCCAACAACGUUUUUUUUUGUUAGCUAAUUAAUUAUAAUGGUAUGCCACUCUAGUUAAUUUUUUUCUCCCAAAUGAUUUAUGCAGAAUGUCAUUCUAGUUUAUUUUAUCAACAUUUUUGAUCGACUGAAUGACCCAAAAUAUAUAUAACUUGCUACCCAUCUUCUAUGGUUGUGUUUCCUUUGUAAUUUCAGCUUCGGUUCCUAUAAGGGAUACCUCGUUGGAUUGCACUGGCCUUCCGCUUCUGAUCAUUCACAUCCUCUACUGCAGUGGCAAUCAGCAAGUCCUUUUAUUCCAGGAAACAAAUAUAGGAAAUAUCAAUGCACAGUUUGCAGAAUCUGCAGGUGCAGCCAACAUGGAAACAUACACCACGGAUGAUGCGCUUACAGUCAUGGGGUUUGGGAAAUUCCAAGCACUUGUCCUUGCAUAUGCAGGCAUGGGUUGGGUUGCAGAAGCCAUGGAAGUCAUGCUAUUGUCAUUUCUUGGACCAGUGGUGCGGGAAGAGUGGAAUGUCUCUCCCCAAGAUGAGAGUAUUCUAUCGAGUGUUGUGUUUGCUGGUAUGCUAAUCGGAGCCUUUACUUGGGGCUUUAUUUCCGACAGAUAUGGAAGAAGGACUGUUUUAUUGCUAUCAACUCUGCUUACUUGUGGACUGGGUUUCCUAAGCGCUUUAUCUCCUAACUACUUCUGCUUGCUAGCUCUUCGGUUUUUUGUCGGCAUAGGAGUGGGCAGUGGGCAUGUAUUUUCAUCUUGGUUUUUGGAGUUUGUUCCUGCAGGAAAUCGUGGCACUUGGAUGGUUAUUUUUUCCUUUUUCUGGACUAUUGGCACAGUCUUGGAGGCUUCGCUUGCAUGGGUUGUACUAUCAGCAUUAAGUUGGAGGUGGUUGCUGGCAUUAAGUUCACUUCCAUGCUUCCUCUUGCUUCCUUUCUUCAGAAUUACACCUGAGUCACCACGAUAUCUUUGUGCACAAAAUAGAAUGAUUGAUGCAAGGCUCAUCCUGGAGAGAAUGGCCAAUGCAAACCAAGCAGCUCUUCCUCUGGGAGUUCUCACAUACCAUGGAGAAACAAAAAAUGACUACAUUACUAAUACUUCUGAGGAUGAACAUCUUAUUCCAGUCAGGGAGAAGGAAUAUACACCUGUGAAUGCUGUUAGCUCCAAAUCUGGUGCUAUUGCUGCAUUGCACAAGCUAGUAUCACAUAACUUGCUCAGAUCAACUCUUCUUCUUUGGUUUGUUUAUUAUGCAAGUUCCUUCGCUUAUUAUGGGAUAGCAUUGCUGACAUCGCAACUAAGUGAUGUGAAUAAAAGCUGUAGUUCUGAUCUGAUUUCUGAAAUGCACCAAAAAGAUGGCAAUCUUUACAAAGAUACUUUUAUCACUAGUUUAGCAGAGAUUCCAGGUUUAAUUUUGUCUGCUCUGCUUGUUGAUUGGUUUGGCCGAAAAGCUACAAUGUGCUGCCUGAUGUUUGCAUGCUGUGCUUUCCUUGGACCGCUCGUACUACAUCAAAAUGAAAUGCUUACCACUAUGGUUCUAUUUGGAGCUCGUGCCUGUGGCACAGGUGGCACUACAGUUUUAUGUUUGUACGCUCCAGAGGUGUACCCAACAUCUGUUCGCUCGACGGGGGUCGGAAUCGCAACCGCCAUAGGCAAAAUCGGCGGGGUUGUUUGCCCUCUCGUCGCCGUUGGCAUGCUGCGGAGCUGCCAUCAGAUGGCAGCCGUCCUGGUGUUCGAGCUGGUGCUGUUCCUCGCCGGAGUUGCCUGCAUACUCUUCCCUGUAGAGACCAAGGGCCGCGAGAUGGACUGACGCGUGGUGUUGAGUUAAGAAACUUGGGCAUCCAGAUGGGUCUCUACAUCAUCAUGAUUCAUCAGUGAUAUGAUAUCAUCACGAUUGUUUAUAGGCAGAAAUACAACACUUUAUACAUAACUAGUUAACUAGUUUUUACAAAAGCUGUGAAUUGGAGACCUGUGUAUAGGGAAAUGAAUUACGAAAAGGAACAAGCAAUGAACAAUAUUUUUAGAGUUCUAGGGAGGAUCCCCAGUCUUACAAGUGUGGCA